AUGACUUCUCUUGUCUCCAAGGUCCACAAUCGCUUGCUAGUCAAGAAGCAGUUACCGGACGGGACGACCCAACCAGCCGACUUUCUUGACAAUGACUCCAUCCGACCAACCCCCGUCAAGGACCGAACGUGGACUUCAAUCACAUACUCUGCUUUCUGGUUCGCCGCCACGGCAAAUGUGAGCAACCUAUACGCGGCUUCCACCGGCCAGUCCGCUGGUCUCAGCAUGUGGGAAGCUCUGGGCUGCUCACUCGGAGGCCAGUUGCUCGCCGGUCUUCUCAUGGCGCUGAAUGGUCGAGCUGGUGCUUUGUACAGAAUUCCAUUCCCUGUUGCUUGUAGGGCGAGCUUCGGGACUUGGGGUGCGUUGUGGCCGACUUUUAAUCGCGCUGUCAUGUCGAUUGUCUGGAACGGAGUGACGUCCGUGCAGGGAGCCCAGUGUUUAUAUGUUUUUCUUCAUGCUAUCUUUCCUUCCAUUGCUAACAUUCCCGACAUCAUGGGUUCCAAGUCUGCCCUCAACUCGGCUCAAAUGCUUUGCUUCUUUCUCUACUGGCUUAUCAAUUGCGCCUUCUUGUUUGUCCCUGUACCGCGUAUGAGGAACCUAGUUCACAUCAAAGUCGGUGUUUAUUAUGCGGCUACUAUCGCAUUCGUGGCAUGGACAUUGGUCUUAGCUGGCAGUAUCCGCAAGACGGUAUCCGAACCGGCCACCAUCCACGGUUCGGAAAAGUCAUGGAUGAUCCUCAAGUUCUUCUUCUUGGGACUUGCCAGUUGCGGUACCUUUAUCACGAAUGCAUCUGACCUACAACGAUAUGCAUCGAGACCCAAUGAUGUUAUUGCCGGUCAGGUUUUCAGCUUCCCAAUGUCUAACUUCUUGGUUGGUGUUUUUGGCAACUUGAUUGCGGCUGCAAGUAAGAGUAUCUUUGGCGAGGUCAUUUGGAAUCCUCUCACGACACUCGAUAUGCUGAUGGAGGGUGACCGUUAUACAUCUGCUAAUCGAGCGGGGUGUGCCUUGAUCUCGUUCGCCUAUGUCUACUCUACUGUCUUCUCAGCUAUCUUUGAGAAUUCUAUCCCUGCCGGAAACGAUAUAGCAGCUCUUAUGCCCAAGUACAUCACAGUGAAGCGUGGUUUCUUCAUCUGCGCAGUUGUUUCGUACGCGAUCUGCCCGUGGUACUUGCUCUCAUCUGCAUCUGUCUUCAUCAACUUCCUGAGCUCGUACCAGAUCUUCCUCAGCGCUAUCACUGGUAUCCUGAUCUGCGACUACUACCUCUUAAGGCGUGGCCUUUUCGAUAUCCCCAUGCUCUACUCAGGUCAUAAGGAUACUACUUACCACUUCUUUCAUGGCUUCAAUCUUCGCGCUUUUUCAGUUUAUUUGAUCGCCAUUGCACCCAAUUUCUACGGAUUCCUGUCCCAGAUGGGUGUCGCCGCACCUCUGGGGAUCCAAAGAUUCUACAGUGUGGCAUAUCCUAUCGGACUCUUCAUAGCGUUUGGUGGCUUCUGGUUGGUGAACGUGCUCUUUCCUGCUGAAAGUAGUCUCAAGCUUUCGGGAUGGCAUGAGCCCAAGGACUUUGUUGAAGAUGACGAUAAUACUUUUGUUAACGUUGUUGUUGACUCAUCUGGAGUACAACUUGAUCAGGAGAAGGGAAGCCAUGGAGAUCUCACAAUAAAGAAAUACUAA